CGGGCGCCAUGGCGGUGUCGCGGGGCGGUGCGGAACGGUACUUUACUCGCUGGUACAAGCCAGACGUGAAGGGACGGCCGUGCGAGGACUUCUGCGUGCUACAGCACUCCAACAGAAUCUGUGUCAUCACCUUGGCAGAAGCCCAUCCUCUUCUUCAAAGUGGAAAAACAAUUAAAAGCAUUAAUUACCAAAUCAGUGCCAACUGUAGCAGACUCCAGAAUAAAGUCUCUGGGAAGUCAAAAAGGGGAGCUCAGUUUUUAACAGAACUUGCCCCUCUGUGCAGGAUAUCUUCAACAGAUGGCGAGGAAUACACCAUUUAUAGUUGUAUACGAGGGCGACUGAUAGAAGUGAAUGAAAACAUUCUUAGCAAUCCCACUAUUCUGCAAGAAAAGCCAUCAACUGAGGGAUACAUUGCAGUGGUUCUACCCAAAUUUGAAGAAAGCAAGAGUAUAACUCAAGGACUUCUGACACAGAAGGAGUAUGAGGAAGUUUUGUUGAAACGUCUUAAUUCUUCUUCAUGAAAUUAGUGAUAGAGUUAUCAUCUGUAUUUCAUGCUAAAUAAGCUACUUUUAUUGUAUGCUGUAAUGUUCAUGGUAUUGAAAGGCCUAGUGCCUGUUUAUAGAAGUGGAACUUAAAUGCUUGAUUCAUACAAGAAUAAACCAGUUCAAAUAGUUUGUAUAUUAA